UUCAAUUCCGACCAGUGUGAGGAGGACGAUCCAGAACAUCAAGGAGAUCACGGGCAAUCACAGUGAAGAGGACAUCUAUGCAAUGCUCAAGGAAUGUUCCAUGGAUCCCAACGAGACCGCUCAGAAGCUUCUCCUUCAGGGAUCCUUUGAGUGUUGAGGUGAUUCAAUCCUUAGGUUUCAUUGAUUGAAACCUAACAAUUUGGUCCGACCUGCCGGAUCCCAGAUUUGGAGGAGGGUGACACACCGAGAAAUGGAGAGUGCAACGGAGGCGAGAUUGGAAGCGAUUGAGAUAACGAUGGAAGGGAUGAAGGCGGAAUCGGUGGCGGUAAGGCGGGACUUACAACAAAUCAUGAAGUUGUUGGGGAAGCAAGUCGAUCAGGCAGAAGGGAGCUCCAAUGAUAGUUCUGUGAAUGACAACCAACAAAGAGUCGGGAGGGAGAACGGAGACGGAGGAACCGGCGAUAGGAAUGAUGAACAGAAACCGUGGAGGAGAAGGGUGGAAUUGCCCUCUUUUGAUGGGGCGGAACCACUGAGUUGGCUCAAUAGAGCCGAGAGGUUUUUCAAUAUACAGAAGGUGUCCAGUGACGAGGAGAAAGUCGAAAUUGCUUACGUCAGUAUGGAGGGGAGUGCGGCAUAUUGGUUCACCUUUUGGAGGGAGAAAGCGAGAAAUCGGUCAUGGGAAGGACUAAAGGCAGCCAUGAUCAACCGGUUUGGAGGAGUUUUUAGGGGAACGGUGUACGAGAGGUUGGCGACUUUACGCCAGACGAGUACGGUGGAGGAGUUCGUUCGGGAUUUUGAGGUGUUGAUGGGGCAGACAAGGGGCAUACCUGAUGAACAGGUACUAGGGUACUUCCUGGCGGGAUUGCGUGAUGAUGUAAAAGUCCAGGUGCGAAUUCAAAACCCAUCGGAAUUGAUGGAGGCGAUGCGGAUUGCUCGGGAUGUCGAGGGGGCCAUCAUGCAAGCACAGGGAGGAUAUGGGAAUGGGGUCAAAUUUAACCUACAGGGAACACGAUCAACGGGGGGUGUGCUUCGAUCGGAACCCAGUCGAAACACGACUCCGCAAACGGGGAGAGCGGAGAGCACAGGAUCGGUGAGAAGAGAUGGGACGACGACGCAUGCAAAUGCGAGAGUGGGUGUACCCGCGGGGAAUGAUAACCGAGGACGGAUGGUGAGAAAUCUACCAUACCCAGAAUUUCUCAAAAGAAAGGAGGAAGGUCGGUGCUUCCGUUGCGGAGGACCGUUCGCGCCCGGCCAUAGGUGUGCUGAGAAGAGCUUGCGCGUGUUGCUAUUAGCGGAGGAUGAGGAGGAAGAUGAAUGCGAAGAAGUGGGAAGCAUAGAAGAGAAACCCAUGGAGUUGUCUGCCUGCUCCGUUGAAGGGUUAACGACACCCCAGACCCUGAAGUUGAGAGGACAAAUUGGAGAGAGGGAAGUAGUGGUGCUCAUAGAUAGUGGCGCGAGCCACAAUUACAUCAGCCGGAAGUUGGUGGAGGAGUUAGACCUACCGACGAUUGAUACGCGGCCAUACUUGGUUAGUUUAGGGGACGGACACAAGAGAGUGACGCGUGGCCGCUGUGAGAAAAUCAGAGUGGAAUUGGGGGAAGCCACAGUCGAGGAGGAGUUCUUUGUCUUUGAACUAGGAGAAGUGGACGUCAUUUUGGGUGUUACAUGGCUGGGAAGUUUGGGUGAAGUGAGAGUUAAUUGGGGAGAGAUGACCAUGAUCUACAACGUGGAAGGCAGGAAGAUUAAAAUACGGGGUGACCCAACGUUGGCGCGACAGCUGGUAGAGCCCAGAAUGUUGUCCAAGAUAGUGGAUGCUGAGUCAUGGGCAUUAGUGUGGAGUCUGAAUGUGGUGGAACAGGAGAGAGAUGACGGGUGGAGCGGUGAUUUGACGGGAGAGCAGAAAGCUGAGAUGGAAGUGCUGCUACAUGCGCACUAUGGCGUUUUUCAAGAACCCAAAGGGUUACCCCCAUCACGUGACAAGGAGCACAGUAUUACACUUAAGGAGGGAGUGGAUCCUAUAAACGUCCGUCCCUAUAGGUAUCCACACUUCAUGAAAAGCGAGAUCGAGAAGCAAGUGGCCGACAUGACAAAGGCGGGGCUCAUCCGACCCAGUUCUAGCCCGUUUUCUAGUCCCGUAAUUUUGGUAAAGAAGAAGGACGGUAGUUGGCGGUUCUGUGUAGACUACCGAGCCUUAAACAAGGCCACCGUCCCAGACAAAUUUCCUAUCCCAGUCAUAGAAGAGCUGUUGGACGAGCUGAAGGGGGCGAAGUACUUCUCUAAAAUUGAUCUAAAAGCGGGGUACCAUCAGAUUAGAAUGAAUGAAAACGAUGUUCCCAAGACUGCCUUCCGCACUCACCAGGGGCAUUUUGAAUUCUUGGUGAUGCCCUUCGGACUAAUGAAUGCGCCAGCCACCUUUCAAGGAGCGAUGAAUAAGCUGUUCCAGAACUAUCUCAGGAAAUUUGUGCUAGUCUUUUUUGAUGAUAUACUGGUGUACAGCCCCACCUGGAGAGACCAUUUAGAGCAGCUGGAGUUGGUGUUGAGAACACUGGAACAACAACGUUGGGUAGCCAACAGUAAGAAGUGUGAAUUUGGGAAGCGAAGAAUCCGCUAUCUCGGCCAUCAAAUUUCGGCACUGGGGGUCGAAAUGGAUGGGGAUAAGGUGCGGGCAGUAUUAGAGUGGGGCGAACCGAGGAGUUUGAAGGAAUUGCGUGGGUUCCUGGGCCUCACAGGAUACUACCGGCGUUUUGUGUCGGGGUAUGGAAAAAUAGCGAAACCACUGACCGAUUUAUUGAAGAAGGGUCAGUUUGCUUGGUCAGAAACAGCAAGCACAGCCAUGGCCGAGUUAAAAGCAGCUUUGACCACGGCUCCCGUGUUGGCCUUGCCCGAUUUCCAGCAGGCUUUCCACAUAGAAUGUGACGCCUCCGGUGGGGGCGUAGGGGCGGUGUUAACUCAGGAGGGCAGACCCAUUGCUUUCUACAGCAAGGCAUUAUCUGCAGGAUCACUAAGCAAAUCAAUUUAUGAAAAAGAAUUGAUGGCUUUAGUCAUGGCCAUUCAGCAUUGGCGUCCCUACUUAGUUGGGAGAAGAUUUAUUGUUCAUACGGAUCAGCGAAGUCUGAAAUACUUCCUGGAGCAGCGUAUAGUCACCCAAAACCAACAGAAUUGGUUGGCUAAAUUGUUGGGGUAUGAUUUCGAAAUAGUUUACAAGAAGGGAAGCACAAACAGAGCGGCGGAUGCUCUGUCUAGGAGAGAAGAGGGUAAUACGGCAGAAGGGGAGUUGCACUUGAUAUCCAGGCCAUUCUGGCCAGAUUUUAAUGAAGUUUUGAAGGAAGUGGAGGAGGAUGAAGUAUUGAAGAAGCUGAUUGAUGAGAUUAGGAAGAAUCCCGAGAGUCACCUGGCUUAUACAAUGGAGAAUGAUAUGUUGCACUACAAGGGACGCAUGGUAAUAUCGGCGGGUUCAGCAUGGAUCCCUAAGUUGCUAGCUGAAUUCCAUGUAACUAAAACAGGAGGCCACUCGGGAAUUUACCGCACUUAUAGAAGAAUUGCCCAGUCACUAUAUUGGGUGGGUAUGAAGAAGAUGGUUACUGAGUAUGUUGCUAGGUGUGAGGUGUGUCAGCAGCACAAAUACUUGGCUGCUUCUCCUCAAGGGCUGCUACAACCCUUACCAAUUCCACAGGUCGUAUGGGAAGAGGUGAGCAUGGAUUUCAUAGUUAAACUUCCAAAAUCCCACGGCCAUGAUGCGAUUCUUGUGGUCGUAGAUAGGCUGAGUAAAUAUGGUCAUUUCAUUGCAUUGAAGCACCCUUACUCGGCCAAGACAGUAGCAGAAAUUUUUGCAAGGGAGGUCGUAAGAUUGCAUGGGAUCCCAGUGUCGAUUGUGAGUGAUAGGGAUCCCAUAUUCUUAAGCAUGUUUUGGAAGGAGUUGUUUAGGUUGCAAGGAACGCAGCUCAAAAUGAGCACUGCAUAUCACCCUGAAACGGAUGGACAAACGGAGGUGGUUAAUAGGAUUGUGGAGGGAUACCUGCGUUGUUUCUGUUCGGAACAGCCGAAGGGGUGGUAUGAAAUGUUGUCUUGGGCAGAAUACUGGUACAAUACAAGCUACCAGGUAUCAGCACGUUGCACACCGUUUGAAACGGUGUAUGGUAGGUCCCCCCCAUCAUUUAGCAGAUUUAUCCCUGGAGAAACGGCUGUGGAGGCGGUGGCACAGGACUUGAUGACGCGGGACGAGGCACUUACACAAUUAAAAUUCCAUUUGAGCAGGGCCCAAGAUCGAAUGGCGCACCAGGCCAACAAGAAGAGGAAGGAGAUUAGCUUCAGGGAAGGUGAUAUGGUCUAUUUAAAAAUUAGACCUCAUCGUCAGACCUCCAUGACGACUAGAAUACAUCCCAAGCUUUCGGCCAGAUAUUUUGGACCGUAUCAAGUGUUGCAGAGGGUGGGACAAGUGGCCUAUAAACUAAAACUACCAGAUUCAGCUCGUAUACAUCCAGUAUUUCAUGUGUCUCAACUAAAACAGGCAAUGGGAGACAGAUUGGCAGAGAAGGAAUUACCUGUAGAACUACAGGCAGAGGGGCCAACCUUUUGGCCAAUCAGGAUUAUAGAAGAAAGGCAACUACAACAAGGAGAAGAUGUAGUACAACAGGUCCUGGUUGAAUGGCAAGAAGGUGGAAGAGAAGGAGCUACAUGGGAAGACAAAUUGGUCAUCCAAGACCAAUAUCCGGAGCUCAAUCUUGGGGCCAAGAUUGUUGAAGAGGGAGGGGGUAAUGAUAGGAGGCUGAGAGUCUAUGAGAGGAGAAGGAAGAGUUAACAGAGUUAGUUACUCUAACUGUCUUAACAGUUAGAAAAGGCGCGGGAUAAACUUGUAUAUAAAGAAAGUAGUUAGCUGUUGAAGAGUACUUUUGAUUACUUGCAUUCUUUGUACAGGAAACUGUAUUCCUGUGGGGGAGGUUAGGCUCCCAUAGCUACCUUGUAAUUGACUUUCUUACUGUGAAUAAGAAGUGUGGAUGU